CGCUCACAUCUCCCCCGGCCCUUCUCUCGCCAUCCCUUGUGGUAUAUAUAUAUAUAUAUAUAUAUAUAUGCGCACCCACCCCGCACCUAUAUCCCUCCAAAUAAACCUCGUGUUUUUCCUGCUCGUGCUCAUUAACUGCCCCCUCUUAAUCACCUGCCCAAACCAGCGUGCUCCGAUCCUUAUCCCUUGGCUCGACCGUCAUCACCAUCAACUCAUCAUCGUCGGCCUUAACUCCUCCCCUCGUCGUGGCUGGAUCAUCCACUGGUAUAAAUAGGUGGUGGACUGAGGCACGUGCAUGCAUUGCAGCCCGGCCAGCAUGCAGCUCCACCUCUCUCCGUCGGUGGGGGCGCCCUUCCGCUACGGUGAACCGCGGCUGCUGCGAACCCUCGUCAAAGGUCCAUGCCGUUUCCGCGGCAAAGGAGAUGCCGCCGUGGUGGAACCCGCCGGCACGCGCGUCGUCGCUCGCCGGACCAGCAGCGUAUCCAGUGCUAAAGUACCUGCAGGGGCAGGGCUGCAAGCGAACCCUGCCGGAAACGACAUCCAGAUUCUAGAACGGCCGGAGGAAGAGGAACCGCGCGACCUCGACGAUCACCGUGUGAUUCCUGGGACAGAGCUCGAGGAACCGCGCGACCUCGACGAUCACCGUGUGAUUCCUGGGACAGAGCUCGAGGAACCGCACGACCUCGACGAUCACCGUGUGAUUCCUGGGACAGAGCUCGAGCAGCCACUGAUCGACCAGGUGAAGGCGAUGCUCGGGUCGAUGGGCGACGGCGAGAUCAGCGUGUCGGCGUACGACACGGCCUGGGUGGCCCUGGUGCCGAGGCUCGACGGCGGCGACGGGCCGCAGUUCCCCACCACCCUCCGGUGGAUCCUCGGGAACCAGCUGCCCGACGGCUCCUGGGGCGACGCGGCCGUGUUCUCCGCCUACGACCGGAUCAUCAACACCCUCGCCUGCGUCGUGGCUCUCACCAAGUGGUCGCUUGGCUCUGAGAAGUGCAGGAGAGGGCUGGUUUUUCUGGAGGACAACAUGUGGAGGCUGGCCGAGGAGGACUCGGAGUCGAUGCCCAUCGGCUUCGAGAUCGCCUUCCCUUCUCUCCUUGAGGCGGCCAGGAGGUUGGACGUUGUGUUCCCGUAUGACCACCAUGCUCUGCAGCGCAUAUAUGCCAACAGAGAAGUGAAGCUCAACAAGAUUCCGAUGGAGAUGAUGCACAGCAUUCCGACGACGAUACUGCACUCCCUUGAAGGGAUGCCCGGGGUGGACUGGCGCAAGAUCCUCAGGCUCCAGUCCAGCGAUGGGUCCAUCCUGUUUUCCCCCUCGGCUACAGCCUCUGCCCUCAUGCAGACCGGUGACACAAAAUGCUUCGAGUAUAUAGACAGGAUCGUGAAGAAAUUCGACGGAGGGGUUCCCAAUGUUUACCCGGUCGAUCUCUUCGAGCACAUCUGGGCCGUCGAUCGGUUGGAGCGCCUUGGGAUCUCGCGCUACUUCAAGCAAGAAAUCAAACAGUGCUUGGACUAUGUCCACAGGCACUGGAGUGAGGGGGGGAUAUGCUGGGCGAGGAACUCCACAGUAAUAGACGUGGAUGACACAUCCAUGGCGUUCAGGCUGCUGCGGCUGCACCGUUACAACGUAUCCGCAAGUGUGUUCGACAACUUUGAGAAGGAUGGGGAGUUCUUCUGUUUCGUGGGGCAAUCAACACAGGCGGUAACUGGGAUGUACAACCUGAACAGGGCCUCUCAGGUAAGAUUUCCCGGAGAGGACGUGCUGGAGCGUGCUGGGAGAUUCUCCUAUGAGUUCCUUAGAGAAAGGGAGGCCCAGGGCGCGAUCCGAGACAAAUGGAUCAUUUCAAAGGAUCUACCAGGCGAGGUACAAUAUGCACUGGACUUUCCUUGGUAUGCAAGCUUGCCACGUGUAGAAGCAAGAGUCUACCUAGAUCACUAUGGCGGUGAUGAUGAUGUCUGGAUUGGGAAGACACUCUACAGGAUGCCAUUUGUGAACAACAACACCUAUCUCGAGUUGGCAAAGCGUGAUUUCAAUCGCUGCCAAGUCCAACAUCAGCUUGAGUGGCAUGGCCUACAAAAGUGGUUUGCAGAGAAUGGCCUCGAGGCCUUUGGGGUGGCUCCAAGAGAUGUAUUGAGGGCUUAUUUUCUAGCUGCCGCUUGCAUUUUCGAACCAAGUCGUGCCAUAGAGCGACUUGCAUGGGCCAGAGUGUCUGUGAUGGCCAACAUUAUUUCUAAAUAUCUCUGUAGCGAUUUGUCAGGUAAUAAAAUGGUGGAACGGUUUAUGCAUGGUGACCUCUCUGAAGGAAAUAAUGAUAUAUCAUGUAUUAAAGGAGAUGCAAAGGUGGAAAUUCUUGUGGGGGCACUUGAGAAGCUUAUUGAUUUAUUGGCACAAAAGGCGCAAUAUGUUGGUGAAGGAUCCAUCCACAUCAACAAUUUGCUACGUUGUGUUUGGAUCGAAUGGAUGACUCAACUGAUAAAUAGAGAGGAUGGCACAAACGAUACAAGUGUUAUUGAAGCAGGGUCAUGUAUGGUUCAUGACAAACAAACAUGUUUGCUUCUAGUUAAAGUUAUUGAGAUUUGUGCUGGACGAAUUGGUGAAGCAUCGUCUAUGGUAAAUAGCAUGGACAAUAAUUGGUUUAUUCAACUUGCAUCCUCUAUUUGUGACAGCCUUCACCACAAGAUGUUACUUUCACAGGAUACUCAGGAGAACAAGGCAAUGGCAAGACACAUGGAAAAGAAAAUUGAGGUGGGCAUGCAAGAACUUGCCCAAAAUGUUUUGCAAACUUACGAUGAUAGAGCAAGUAACAACAUAAAGCAGACAUUCUGGAGUGUGGUGAAAAGUUGUUACUAUGUUGCUAAUUGCCCUAAGUGCAUAUUUGAUAGACAUGUUUCAAAAGUUAUUUUUGAACAUGUCUUUUGAAAAAUCUUUCAAUGGUGGGGAUGGAAGUGAAAUUUGUACAUACAAAGAAACAUUGUAAGAAUGCUAGAUAGUUGAAGGUUGCAUAAGUGACAAUUCUCAUAUUGGAAAAGAUUUGCGCAUCUUUUAUAUUAAGAUUGGAGAAGAGCUUUAUAUUUA